AUGGUCCGGGCGCUUUUCACCGCCAUCGAGAUGCACAGCGGCAGGUGCGUGACGCUGUCGCAGCUGGGAUCCGACUACAAGGUUUCUCAGCUGAAGAAGGACAACAUGUGGAAGAGUGUCAGAUUACUUGACAUCCUCGAGGCAUACGAUGACAUCUUUGAGCUGGUGCCGGAUGGUGCCAGCGGAGGAUGGCAGGUGAAGUUGCAACCCGGCGCGGAGGCGGCGCUGCCUGACGCCGAGGAGUAUAUGGAGCGCGAGAUGAGGGAGCAGGAUGCUUUGCCUCCCAGGAUCGAGAAUCCGCGCACGCAGUUCGAGAAGAUGCAGAGCCUUCGCAUCGAGCUGCUUUACGCUCUACAGCGGCGCGGGAGCAAGGUCCAGCUGCAGGAGCUCGGCCAGGAGCCGCGGGUGCAGCGGGUGAAGCAAAGUUUACACCAGGCCAAGAAGUUGAUUGAGUUCAUUCGGAUGUUUCCAACCAACUUCAAGGUGACCUCCGAUGAUUCACAGAUGGUCAUCGAGGUCACUUCUACCAGUGUUUCGGACCAGUCCAUGAUUGACCGGGCACUGCAGAGGCUAAAUCAGGACUCUAGUGACCGCAGAGGCGGCAACCAGCGACGGGAUGGUCGAGGCCAACCCCCUGCCAGGGAUAGAGGAGGCGCAGGUCGAAGAGAUCGCAGCAGGAGUCGCAGGAGGGAGGCGGCACCGGCGCCGAGCUACAUGCCUCCGGGGUAUGCGCCGCCGCCCGGCUAUGCGCCACCGCCGGGGUAUCCGUAUGGCUACCCGCCGCCUGGCUAUGGACAGCCUGCUCCGCAAGGCUAUCCGGCCUACGACUACUCGCAGUUUGCACCCCCGCCGCAGCAGGUUCCGCCCCCAGCGAGCACAUAUCCACCAGCUGCCGGAUAUCCACCGCCCGGGUAUCCACCACCAGCAGGUUAUCCUGGCUAUCCACCAGCUGGCUAUCCGCCACAACCAGUGAGUGGGUACAUGGCUUUGCCUGGCCCUUGA